GUGCAAAUUUACGAAAUGUGUGUAACAUUUGUUUUUAUUUGAAAACCAUGUGUUUAGUUCCAAAUUGUGUUGGAUUUUAUGAAUUUCCCUCCUAAAUUACUGAUCGAGUAAGAUGAGUGGUAUCAAGGGCUUUCGAUUUGAGUUUUUAGACGCUUUGCAAUCCUUAGCUGACUAUGACACUCGUUUCAAGAAUGAACUUAGAUACUUUCUGCAAUUGACGGUAAGUACAUAAAGCAUGUACCUUUUUUUCGUUUCCUAGCAAAUGAUGUUUCGCUAUUUUAGUCUGAGGCGUUUAGUAUUACUUUGAAUAUUAGUUUCACUGUGCAGUCUGUCACCUUAUGCUUAUAUUUAUAGCGCUUCUUUCUUCUUUAUUUUCACGUUCUACAGAGCUGGACUUUUCAGGAAAAGCAAAAUUUAUUACAGAAGUUGGCUGAGCUAAGUAUUCGUCAAGAUUUUGUUCCCCUCUUGGUAAAACACUGCAGACCAAUACUUCUUGAAGUUCUUGAACGAGCUGCUCAAAUUCUUCAACAAGGGCCGGAAGAAAAGAAGUUGUACGAGGAAGGAUUUUGCUAUACACUCAGCACACUGUUGCCAUUAUCUCACUUGAAAGACUUCAUAUACAGAUUUAUUAAGUCUUGUUCUUUGUUCUCAGAGCUUUUCAAAGCUGAAGAGUACACUGAGAAAUCGAAUGAAAGGAUCUUGUGUGCUUUGAAAACUGGAUACAAUCUCCUGUGUUAUGAUUUUGAAAUCUUUUAUAGCAUCUGGGACUGGAGCCCUGUCUUUAAUCUUCUACAACACAGAAAUCCUGACAUAAGGUGGUUCGCUGUUAAUAUUGUCGCAGUGAUAACAGAAAUGUCAGAACAGAUUAAACUUGGUCUACUGGAGAACUGUAUCUCUAUUGAAGAAUGCAAUAAAUUUACGAUAAGUGAAUGGUUAACCAGAGGCCCAUCCAAUUUAAUACAACAAUGUAUGGAGUGGAAAGACCCAUCUUCAGUAGCUGCUGAUUUUAUGGAUGUAGACAGUAGAAGCCAUGAAGGUUCAGUCAUCACUGAAGAGGAUUUAGUUGGUAGCUAUGUAACAAUCUGUGGUGUCAUGUUGCCAAGGUUACCUGGCACUUUUAAUCUGUCAGACAAGUUGCUUGUUAUGGUACCAUCAACAGUAAACAAUCUUCGUUCACUGGUGCUUUCUGUAGCAUCAGGCACUGGAGUUCUUUUGGAGGGACCUAUUGGUUCCGGCAAAACAGCUUUAGUUGAAUAUGUAGCAAAGGCAACAGGUAGAUCAAGCUCACCAGAAUUUAUGAAGAUUCAGCUUGGAGACCAGACUGACAGUAAGGUAAGUAAAAUAUACACUAUACUUCAUUUAUAGGAAAUACCGGUAUGUUUGGAAUCCAGUGGUUUUGCCCCUUAGUAAGUUAACCCAUUACUAGUCACACGUACCCUCAUAAGAAGUGGAGUCAGCCUCACAGUAAAGUUAGCCCCAUACAAUGUUCUUCAAAGCGUAACCUGGUUAAAAGAGUUAAACUGGAUUAGGGGGGCUAACCCACUAUGGGACCAACUCGGUAAGUGGUGGGUGAUCUUGUAGGUGGCUAAUUCACUAGGAGUUGAAUUCAUAUGAUAUUUGUGGGCGUACGAGCAAAAUGCAAGCCCACAGAUCUAUUCCUGGUUGUGGUGGUCAGCGAAGCUUAAUAAGCUGUGGUAAGGUUUUUGCAAAAUCUGUCCACAUUAUUGGGAUGCCUUUGUUGUGCCAACUAAUAUACGUGGUAUAUCCCUUUAAGUCCCAGUAGUGUCCAACAUCAAUUUUCUCCUAACAAUAUCCGUACUUUGUCAAGAGAUGAUUUAUGAGAAUUAAUACAAUGGUCACCAAAGAGAAAAAUCUUUGAUCUUUUAUCAAAUUCUCUCAACUAAUUCUUUAAGGAAAUGUAUAGAGACCUGUCAGGAGAAUUUGUAUGUGGAUUUUGGCGCUUAAAGGGAUAUGGCCACAAAGACCCUGGUGUUGACUUUAAGGUCCAUCUUACGACACUACAGUGUAAAUGUAAAUGUAAAUGUCGCGAUUGAGAGGACAAACCUAUAUGUCCUCUUUACUUAGCUUUUUGCAGUGGGCUCGGACAUCAGCAUACUAAGGGCGCCGAUGGCAGCCGCUAUCAGUCCAUUUAUGAGCCCACUGAACCCUCCCAACCCAUGAUGAGUGAUGAUGUAAGUGAUGAGGAUAGACCACAACACCGGGAAGUACGUCCCCUACUCUUUUCGAAUAGUGUGUGGGUUCUUUAACGUUCCACAGAGUUAUAUGUGAACAAGGUUUGUGAGACGGGACCUCCAGUUUAUCGUCCUUAUCCGAGAAGACUUGAAAGUCUAAUCAUUUGCAGAUGUCAUUACAAAGACAGCACUUUCUCCUCAGUUAUUUUUAAGACCCUGAGUGUUGGUCCGGCCAGGAUUCGAACUCGCGACCUCCCACUCAGCAGACCGGCGCUCUCCCAACUGAGCUAACCGGGCGGCGGUUGAAUCAUGUGAAUGUCUUUCCUCAUGCGCACCACUAUCCCAUACUCUUCCGUUAUUGUCUGUGGCACUCAGAAGACUACAUAAAGUGUAAAAAACCAAGAAAACAUCAUGUCUCUUCCUGUGCAACUCUACCAUUUGAUCAACAUUUCAUAAGAUCCCUGUGUUAUUGUAACCACAUUCUCUAGGCCCCUAAUUUUUAAAAUGCUCUGUCUUUCUCAUCUGAAAUCCUCAUUAAUGAGACCACCUCAUUCACACACUCAUUACAUGUAAGUUGGUUUCCCUUGGUUUAAUCAUAAUGCGCAGAGUUCCUAGGUGUAAUUAUCUGCUUGUCGUCAGUCCUUAUUAGGUACAUAUGUGUGCACAGACACCCCAGGUGAGUUUGCUUGGCAGCCUGGUCCACUAUUACAAGCAGUGCAAGCAGGGUACUGGAUUCUGUUGGAGGAUAUUGAUUUGGCUCCAAUGGAUGUUGUAUCUGUGUUGAUACCGCUGCUGGAGUCCCGCACUCUUUCUGUUCCUGCACAUGGCAAUUCAGUGAAAGCAUCGCCUGGAUUUCAGCUGUUUGCCACACAGAGGUAAACAGUUAUAACAGUUAUAGUUUUAAUGCUGGAAGGUCUUUUUACUAGAUAGACUGAUUUCGAUUGUAAUUAUAGACCAAUUUUAAAAUAAUAAAAUUCAGACUUGGCUUCGAGGCUAAAGGCCAGGAUUAAAACAAAAGAAAUGUAUCUACAUUUGUAUAUUCAUUGAUUAAGAUGGUUUCUUUCUAUUUCCCUAAGACUCAGUCAGCCAAGUACAUGUAUGUAUUUUGAUUUAUUGAAAUUUGUUAUGUUCUAUACAGUAUACAUAAACUAUACUACGUACUUUUAUUUUAAAAAUCAAGAGUCCAGCUCAGGCCAGUCCUGACUGUUGGUUAGCACUAUGAAAAAAUGACACAAAACUAAAUUACUGUGUUUGUUCUCAGAUCAUACACUAGUCCUGGUGGAGUAAGUUAUCAGGUAACAAGUGCAAGUUCAGCUGUCCUGGACAAACUCUGGACAAGAGUACAAAUUGAACCACUAUCCAAGCAAGAACUUACAGAGGUGAGUGCUGUGUCCAUUUAAACAACCUCAAAUGGCUUAGUCAUGACUUAAUUUCAAGUAAAAAUUUUAAAAAAGUGUUUUUUAUUUUCUUCUGAAAACAAAACUCCUGCACCCACCUAACAUUAACUCAUGCCAUCUCUUCUCUCUGUUAGACAGCUCAUCCUACAUAAAUUGUACACCAUAUUCUUAUUUUUGAUAGUUGUUACUGAGAUGUUAGUUGUGAUCUGAAGUAUUUGGAAUAUUGCAUCUUAUUUACCACCUUGCAGCCAUCAAGAUCAGUUGUAAUUUUAAGAAUAACUAAAUUUUGAAUGAUUAUUUCUGGGUCAUUGUGUCUCUAGUUGGUUUCAGUGCUCUGCACAACUUUUAGAUCAUAGGUUUAAAUUAUCUUUGCAUGACUGUUGAGGUCUUAAUGCGCUGUGAUAUCCUUUUUCAGGUUUUGAAGAACAAGUAUCCUGACCUUGAAGCAGUGGCUUCCAAACUAGUUGACAUCUAUUGCCUCCUAUCAGCCGAUCCUAAGCUCAUUUCCAAUCAUGAUACCAGCAGCUUUUCUCUUCCGCAUGACAAACGUCUAAGUUCUACCAGAGAUUUUAUGAAAUGGUGUAGUAGGAUAGCAUUGAUGGCAUGUGGUACACCCUCAUUGCUUGAUUCCACAGAUGUUUUUCUUGAAGCUCAAGACUGCUUUAGUGCACCUCUGCCAAAAAUGGAAGAUAGAAAUGUGUUGGACAUGGCUGUGGGUGCAAAGUUGGGUUUAACAAAAGAGAGGAUUGAGUUCUUCUUCAGAAGCUACAAACCAAAAGUUCACACCUCACCUUUGUCACUGACUGUUGGGAGAGUCACUCUUAAAAGAAAUAUCAAGGACAGUAAACCAAUAAGGUCAAGUCAUGAGACUCUCCCAAGAUAUGCACACACUAGACAUUCCUUAGUGUUGCUGGAGAAAGUUGCAGCUUGUAUUAGAAAUAAUGAGCCUGUUUUACUUGUUGGAGAAACAGGAACUGGAAAAACUUCAACAGUUCAAUAUCUUUCAGCACAAUGUGCAGCCACUCUGAAAGUUGUCAAUAUGAGUCAACAGAGUGACAGUUCCGUCCUUCUUGGAGGCUACAAACCAGUGAAGAUAAAACAGAUUGUAGCUCCUGUGAGAGAAAAGUUUGAAGAACUGUUUUGUAAAACUUUCUCAAGAAAGCAAAAUGUCAAGUUUUUAAGUCAUAUACAGAAGUGUUUUGCUCAAGGAAUGUGGGAGAUGCUAUUUAAAUUGAUGAUGCAUUGCCAAAAGAAUGCUUUGGAUAGAGCAAAAAAAGGUGAGGCUGCAGCCUAAGUUUGUUGAGCUAAUGUCAUUCAACAGCAAAGCUUCUGUAACGUUCUGAAGAAAAGUCUUUUUGAAGCGAUUAGGUCAAAACAAAAGAUUUGCUUUCAGACAAUCAACAACUAGAGCUCACAUUAAGUCAUGUUAGCUAGUGGAAGACUGGUGUAAGUCAAUGAAAUAACUAUCAUAUUGUUUGAUUUGCUCCUGCAGUAGUUUUCUUCAUAUAUUAUUUUGUUACAUCAUGUAAGACCCUUAUAUAUUUUGACAGGUAAGGGUUUUUAGUCUGGUACUUUGCAGGGCUGAUUGUACACCGUGUUUUUAUGGUUCAAUGAAUUCAACUUGAAUUCAACACCAAAAAAUUGCCUAUCAGACUGAAAAGGUCAGACUUUUUUGUUCUGCACAUGAUAUGUUAUUGGUUAAUUAAUGCUGGGAUUGCUGCGCUUUAAAACCUCAACAUAAUCAUGAUAUGGCAUAUGACUAUAAUGGCCAGAAAUAUGAGAAAACCUCCUCUUAUCAAUAUUGUUAAAUAUAUAAGUAUCAUUUUAAUGUCUGAAAUUCAUAGAUGAGCAAAUAAAGCAUCUUCUCUCUGAUUGGGAAAGACUAAAUCAGGAUAUCCAGCAGCUGAGAAAACAAAAGAAGAAUGCAGAGAGUGCACUGGCUUUCAGAUUUGUUGAGGGAGCCCUAGUUCAGGCAUUAAGGAAUGGUGACUGGGUUUUGCUGGAUGAGAUCAAUUUGGCCACUCCUGAGACUUUGGAGUGUCUUUGUGGCUUGUUGGAGAGUUCAUCUGGUUCACUGGUGCUCAUGGAAAAGGGGUGUGUUACUUUGCUUUUCUAAUUAGUUAAUUUAAAUUGAUAAUUGAUUUUAAGAAGUGGGAUUAACAAACGGACUAGGCACUUUGUUUCCUAGUGUUUCUUUUGCUUAAUUUUUUUUGGGGGAGGGGGUGGUACAGGGGAGUCAAAACUUCAUGUCUCCCAUACCUUGCAUUCCUGCCUCCUGUCCCUUUUUUCUUGUCUUCCUCUCUUGAGCCCUUUUUCAAUUGCUGCAAUCAGGAUGAAAUUAGUUGAGACACUUCCUGCCCUUAAGGGCCUCUCUAACAUUUUGCCAACUUAACUUGAAGAGAAAAUAAACCUUUCUCUCCCCAUCCUGUCCAUGCGAUGUGAUGCUGCUGUUUAAGCUACCUGCAGAAAAAAGACAAACACCCCAACUUUCAAUGGAGGGAAGGAGGAAGACUAGGGGUGUAAAUUGUUUUGUUCUCCAAAGUUAUGGUACCCCAUUUGAGGACAAUGUCUCAGCAAUUUUUCACCAAAUGUAGAUACUAAGCAUUGUUGCAUAAUUUUGCCCUAUUUCUCCAACGUCCCACCCUUUUAGAAUAUUUAGAAUCCUGUACCCCUCCCACCCUCUUAUCUCCCAGGCUUCUACCUUCCUGCCCCUCCCCCUUAUAUUUCACUUGCUAGAGUUUGUGCUGGGAUUUCAUAUAACUGAAAAUGUCACUGAGAAGGUCUAUAAUUAAGUUUAUGUGCACUUUCUCAUUUGAUAGUGAUGCCACACCUAUUACGAGACAUGAAGAUUUUCGUCUUUCCGCCUGCAUGAAUCCAGCCACCGAUGUGGGAAAGAAAGAUUUGCCACCUGGAAUAAGAAACCGGUUUGUAAACUUUCUGCUUUUGUGUCAGUUAUUGGCAUAGCCUGCUAUGAUAUAACAAUGAAUGAGAUCAUUUGUUCUCAACAGUCUGGGCUGUCUUCCGUGUUUAGUUAUUAUCCUUCCUAAUUGUAAAGAAUUGGCUCUACAAGGUUCUGGCCAAUUUCGAUGUAUCUGUUAGUACCCCUUACAGGCUUCCUAGAGUUAAACAAUCAGGGGCACCCGACGGCAAUUUUCGGAAAAAUAUCUGUUCGGAAGACUAUUUGAGAUCUAGAAUUUUCGGAACAUUUGUUGUAAAAUUUCUUGCUUCCCUACCCCUCCUAGGAUUUUCGGGAGCCUUUUUUCUGGCUAAAAUUUUCGAAAAGGUAAGUUUUGAUCCCUAUAAUUUUCGGAUCACUUGACUUUCAGCUAGUAAAUCCGAACAGAUGAAAAAUUUUUAGGGGAUAAAAAUAUGCCUAUAUCUACCGUUUAAAUACUAAAAUACGUUUAACAAUUCAAUGUUUAAGUGGUUUUGAACUAUAUCCUCGUUGGGUGCCCCUGAACAAUACAUUUCUGAAAAUUUGUUACAGAUUUACAGAGAUUUUUGUUAAGGAGUUAGAGGAUGUUGGAGAUCUGAAAACCCUGGUAGUGGAAUAUCUGCAAGGAUUAUCUCCUAAUGCUGCCAUUGUGGAUGGGAUUGUCAGGUUGGUGUCAUUAUUUGUUUGCCUAGGUUCUCUAAUUUCUGGCACGUGGCCCAAAUUUCUGUGGGCCCAUAACAGUCCCUUCCCCCAUGAGAGAAUGACCACCACACCGGGGACUAUGUCCCCAACUCUUUGCGAAAAGUGCGUGGGUUUUUUAACGUCCAACAGAACUGAAAUGUGCAUGGGUUUUGAGAAGGGGACUAUGGGUUAUGGUCCUUACAAUACGAGAGGACUAGAAAGUUUAACUGUUUGCAGAUGGCUUCAGAAAGGCAGAACUUUCUCCUCGGUUAUUUUAAGACCCUUAUUGUUGGUCAGGCUUGGGGUUUGAAGCAGCGGCCUCCUGCUCAGCAGACCAGCACUUAUCCAAUUGAACUUACUGGUCGGCAGUCUUGAAAUCUCAAAAAGGUGGUCUGUGGAAAGCAUGUUGUUGGCUAAUUCUUUUCCCCUUUCAAAUAAACGUUUUCAUAGAAAAAUGAAAAAAGGAAAAAGCCAAAUAGGAAUUAAUUAUAAUUUAGUAAACUUGAUCACCUCUGGUUGUACUUGUUUUUUUUCUUUGUACCUUUCUCAGGUUUUACAAUACAGUCAAGCAGGAAGCAAAUGAUAAAUUGACCGAUGGUACAGGACACAAACCUCAUUACAGGUCAGCCUUAGUUGCUUGUCUUAAGCCUUUGUGGGGGAUUUGCAUGUACUGAUUGAAAUAAAAGCAGUUUUUCUUUCUUCUGUCCAGUUUGCGGACUUUGUGCAGAGCAUUGCGAUAUGCAGCAGGGAACCCUCAUCAGAAUGCCUUGAGGUCAAUUUAUGAGGUGAGCAAGAAUUUUUACUUUGCACUCCAUUCGUGCACGCAUUUUUCUUGCCUCACUUUCGUAUGCGCCUGCCACGUGCUCUAAAAGAUUCUAAGAGUUUACUCUCUCUUCAUCUGCGUCUAGUACUCUCUGAAGGGCCACUUCUGAAAUGCUGUUCACAAGUCCUGAUGUGUGGUACUAAUAAUGCAUUUUUACUUGAGGAUGAAUUUUUUCUCACUUUAAGUAACUUGGGUUAAUAAUAAUAAUAACCCCUGUUUGAAAAAAAAACUGAAUCAUGUUGUACUGCAGUUCCAGUGUUUUGAUUGGCUUAGCGGCUAUCAGUUAUGAUCCAUUCCACCAUGCCCGAGAAAAAGAGGUGAUUAACAAUGAUUAACACGUUAACUGGUGUUUCUUACAACACGAAAAAACUAUUUUACUUCCCCUUGUUGCAUAUGAGAUAAUAAAAGCCAUUUCGGAUCUACCCACCUCGUUGGGUCGCUGACGUCUUUUAUAUAUAUGGCUGAAUCGGCGAGUGGCAAGAUGAAGCGAGUGUUGGCUAUCCGAGCGGGCUAAAUCUGCCUAUUCUGCCGGCUCGAGAUUUCCUCCGUUGGUCCCGAAGGAGAAAGUUCCCUUUUUGGCCAUAUGAUAUAUUCUUAAUUGACCAAGCUUGUUCGGUCUUGAUGGCUAUAUAUUGGCCUCUUUCGUUUUUGCGUUGGCGUUUUCAUUGGCUUCAACCUCAUCUCGUUCCAUAAAAGACAGAAAAGAACUUGGCAAAAUACCAAGCCAUCAUGACCUAACGCUUGUUCAAAAACGCAUAUAUAACGAGCGUGUGCUUAAAAAAUAGUAGUUAGUUAUCUCUGCAUAUGGUUUGCAUCACAGGGUUUUUGUUUGAGUUUCUUGACGCAAUUGGACCGUUCAUCGCACCCAGCUGUUCAGUCUCUCAUCAAGCUGCAUCUUCUUGGACAUGUCAAUGCUGCCAGUCUCCUUAAACAACCCUUACCCAAGCCGCAAGGAUCAGGACAAUUCAGUAAUUUUGAGGGUUUUUGGAUCGCCAUGGGUAACAAGGAACCUGUAGUGUCAGCUGAUUAUGUACUAACAGCGUCAGUGAAAGCAAACUUAAAAGAUCUCAGCAGGGUUGUAUCUGCAAGGUAUUAGCAGUAGUUUCUUGGAAACUUCCCCCCUACCUUUCCCCUAAGCCAACAUUUUGCCCUAAGUAAGAAGUAAGUGUUAAUGUUGGCUUAGGGGAGGGGUAGGUGGGCAGUUUCUCAGAAACGUACAAUAAUCCGCCGUAUCUUAUAAAGAAGCUGUGUCACGAAAUGUAUCAAAAUUCAAACAUUGGCAACUGCCACCAAAUUGAGUGAAACAUGAAAAUAACCGUUCAAAACAUGAGAAGAAGGUUUACAGAAUACAAAAAAUACAAAAGGAGGCACGGAUUGACAAACUUUGAAGAAGAUUAAAACAGAUUGCAAUUUAGGCUUGAAAACUUGUUCGUCAAAGCUUGUUUAGAUCAUAGUUAGUAAAGUGCAAUGAUUAUGAAGGCGGUCAGACUUCUUUGUUGUAUGUUUUAGUUAGCCUUUUUGGACUUGAUCGUGCACAACUUACCUUGGCGUUCUUAUCAUUUUGAAAUUACCGACCAAUGGAGACGUCGUAUUGAUUAACUCAGUCACAAUCUGUGAGCGCAAGAGAAAGGUUUGUGCACAGUCAGGAGAGUUCCAACAUAAUCUGCAGCACAGUUGUUUCAUCUUUGAUGAAUAUCGGCUUUCAUUACCAGUCUCCUCUACUAUGCUUACUUGUAGGAUGUCUCUGUAGUGAAUCUCUCACAGUGUCCAGCCAUAACAAUACAAUUUUUGCACAUUCAGUAUUUUUUAAUAAUUGGUGGCUUGUACAAUCAACUCCCUUUAUGGCGACACUGUAGAGACCUCGAGUUAGUGUCCUCAUUAUCUAGAGUCACUCAGUCCGUGUAGCGGGAGUUAAUUUCAGUCAAACGUCUGUAUUAUUUUUGCCGGGAAUCUAGCUGGUCUCCUUCGUUCUGUUUUUCUUUGUCAGGAAACUUCCAGUGUUGAUACAGGGUGAAACAUCUGUGGGUAAAACCAGCUUGAUUCAGUGGCUUGCUAAGGCAACUGGUAAUCACUGUGUUAGAAUCAACAAUCAUGAACACACUGAUAUUCAGGAGUACCUUGGAUGUUACACUUCAGAUGAAAAUGGUAAACUAGUCUUUCAGGAAGGUACGUGUACUAAAGAAUCGUAUCUUUGGAAUAAAGAUGUUGUGAGAAUGAAGUGACAAAUACCAGUCAGUGAUAUUUAACUUAACGACAACUAGUUGAAUUAUGAAUCACCAACGCAAAUAUUAAACUUUGGAUAUUAUUCUUAUAAAAGUCCGAACUAGUUGAGGAGAUACUUAUUAAUGUCAGAGGUCCUAAGUCGUAUCUUUCAGCCAAAAAUAUGAAUAGUUCUGCCCUGAACACAGUUAACACCGAUUUGUGUGUUCUCUCAGUGCUCUUACCUGGAGUGUUGUAAUGAAAGCAAUUCACCCACGUUUCGUAUCCUUCCCGUUUAGUUCUGUGGUCUCUGUUUCCCACGCGGUACUGGUGCUUGGAAAAGGGUUAGCUAUUUAUACUGAAGAAUGCUUGCAUUAAUUAUUGUUAAUUAUGUUUCUGUCAAGUUUGUCUCACUGGGAAAUUGAAUUUCUUCUCUAUUCCCCACAUGACUUAGCACAGUCCGUUGGUGCGGGUCUUUUUUGUGGUGGACGUUCCGAGUUGGAGUCCGAUGUGUGACCUCAAAUCCUUCUUUCGACGUUUUUCAUUUAACUGUUACCAGUUAUCGACGUAACCUAUGGACUUAUACCUUUAACCUUUACCUCCUUACUUAAGAACAAGAGAAAUGUUAGCAAUGCUCGGCAUUGUUUCAUUCAUUCUUGACAUGGAUUGAUUCAUAACUCUCGACCAGUGACUUGUGUGUCUUCUGACUUUCAGGUGUCUUAGUUGAUGCUAUGAGGAAAGGUCACUGGAUCGUUUUAGAUGAAUUAAAUUUGGCCCCCUCAGAUGUAUUGGAAGCACUGAAUAGGGUACCUUAUUUUAAAACUAAUGUUCCAACGCCAUUUUUAAAUUUGUUCACCAUUAAUCUGUGUCUUGUUUAGGGACUUAAGUUUAGGGACUUAAAGCCUUCAGUAUCAUUGUUUUAGUACCGAGGGGGUUGGGGGGUUGGGAGCGGCGGGCUUGGCGGCACCACCGCCAGGUUUCUGGUACCUUUGCCUCUGUGAUAGCUUCAAAACCUAGGCCACCGAUAUUGUUUAAGAUGUUGUUGUUGUUUUGGUUGCAGUUGCUCGAUGACAACAGAGAAUUAUUUAUUCCUGAGACUCAAGACACAGUUGUAGCCCAUCCCAUGUUCAUGUUGUUUGCUACUCAGAACCCCCCUGGACAUUAUGGCGGUAGAAAGGUACGUAACGUUUGUUUUCUGUCUAAAAUUCGUUUGAGUCUGUGAAGCGGGUUUUAUAGUUGCUGCUUUUCUAACGUGAGCCUGGAACUGAUAUCACUUAGCUUUCUCUUGAUGUUAAGUCUACGUUUAUCGUUUAGAGAAUUAUCAGUGAAAUGAAUUGUCUGAGAAAACGCCCGUUGUAUAUCUCAGACGUCCGAACAGAAAAAUUUGCUGAAGCAUGAUAUAAAAGGUUUAGACGAGAGAUUUAGCAUUUUAUUGGAAUAGCAGUCUUAUUCGAGUGUGUUGAUCUUGCAAAAGAUGUUCAGGAUUUGAACUACGCAAUUGUGAGCUAGUGUUUUAGGGCAAAGUCCUUAAAGGUUGGUAUGACUUGUCUUGCAAUCACAGGUGCUAUCACGAGCCUUUCGAAACCGUUUCGUGGAACUUCAUUUUGACGAACUUCCCAGCCAGGAGUUAGAAGUUAUUCUUCAUCAACGGUGCAGUUUGCCGCUGUCGUACGCCAAGAAACUUGUGGCCAUUAUGCUUGACCUGCAGGUAAGAGCGACAGUAACGAAGAUCUUCCGCCUAAGACAUAUCACCUAAUCCACUUACGGUGAAAAAAGUAACGCCUGCGUUCGAGCCAAGUGAAGGCGCAUCAAGUCGGGGCCUAUCCCGUUUUCCAUAGUUUAUCGCAGUAGUAUAUCCCCGUUACCCACUUAUACACUUGGGUGUAGUGAGGCACUGUUAGAGCAGUGAUAAUGCCCCCGGCGAGGGCUUGACCCAGACCUCUCGAUCCGGAGUUCAAAGCACUAACCAAAAGGCCACCGUGCCACUCACCGUCGACCAAUUUUUGUUCUUUUACCCUUAAACCUUACAGGCACGACGUAGAAGUACCAAUGUAUUCGCCGGUAAACAAGGCUUUAUUACUCUCCGUGAUUUGUUUCGCUGGGCGACAAGAUACAGCAAAACACCUGACGUCCAAGGUGGAGUGUUCCAUGACUGGGACUUGCAUCUCGCGGAGGACGGUAAAUAUGACUUGGCAACAAUAGUACGUGUUUUAUCAGACUUUCGCCGUGUCAAUAAUAGUGCAUUCUGCACCAGUGAUUGAAGCUUAAGAGGUCUAUCUGUUCACAAGACACCACUUUGUCCUGAGUUUAGUUUAUAUGUCAAAUGAGUUACAGUCAAACCUCUUUAAUAACAACAACAACAAUGUAUUUAUUAAAAGAAAUAUAAAGUUACAUAGUUUAUGUCCUGCAAAUAGCUAUAAUGUUAAUACAGACACCAAUGUGACAGAACCAAGUGUCCGCUUUACAGAGGUGUCCGUAUUAUAGAGAUAGGGAAUGUAUGAUUUUUGGCAUUUCUGGGACCAAACGAACUGUCCGUAAUAUAGAGGUGUCCGUAUUAUGGAGGUGUCCGUAAGGAGAGGUUAGACUGUCAAUCUAUAAAAAAUCUUUGAGCUUUGAGUGACGUUUGUUGGCUUACCCCCCUUUUCAAUUUUUCAGGUUACAUGCUUCUCGCUGGUCGCUGUAGGAAUCCGUCAGAGUGUAAAGUCGUCCAGGAAGUGAUCGAACGUCACCUGAAACGACAACUUGACCCUGAUCUGUUGUUCGGUGAUCCAUCUGUACUGAAACAUUCUCCUGGUGUGUCAAGUCUCCUAACACAAGUAACAACAGCCUCUGUGGAUGGAUUCUCUCACAUUGUCUGGACUCGUAGUAUGCGUAGACUUGCUGUUCUGGCUGGCAGGGCACUCCAGUUCGGAGAGCCAGUCCUUUUAGUGGGAGAAACAGGGUAAAAAAAUGCAAUUCGCCACUUUUGAAACGUGAAGGAAACUUGGUAGAGUUGACUUUCGCAAAAACUUGUUGGACUGUUACUAGAGACAGGGAAAACAAAUUGGCCUGUAACCAUCCCAGAAGUCCUUGCGAAAGCUUACUUGUCUUACUGUCCUCGUUUCUAACGUGGCGAAUGAUUCUUUUCUUGCUAACACGAGCUCUUUUUUGCGGUGCUAACACUUUACUCAGUUACCUAAAUCAGUUCUUUUAACAUGUAGAUUUUGACGUGCUCUCCGUGCAAACACGGAUUUUGUGGUCGUUCUGUUAUUCAUCCGCCGGCAAUGUCUCCCUUAUGUCAAGCUUAAUGCACCGGCGUAUGUGAGCAACUCCUCUUGCGACGGGUCCGAGGCUGUCCAAUGGGAAGUCCACCCGGAGGGCGGUAACUGUGGAGAGUUUUACCGACUACAGGCUAAGUUCGCUUGAGGGACUGAGUUACCUGCGGGAUAUCAGGUUCGGGAAGAUGGGACUCUUUAUCUUCAUUUGUUUACAUUCACAAUAAAUAAAAUUACAAAUACAGACUACCUGCAAAAUAGCAGAGCUAAUCGAGGCAGGAAGCUCAUCUAGAGGAAGGAAACUUCGAACCCAAACCAGGCUUGGAGAGGGUUGGGCUCCGCCAGGCUUUAUUUGCCCAUGAUACGCCACAUGUUGCAACAUCCGUGGCGCCCCAACGGUCAUUGACUACGGGAUAGGUGCAGGUGCAAUGUCAAUAGAUGUUCAAUGAAUAAAGAGGGGAUGCUUUUUCUUCUUGCUCUUCCUUUACUAUCAAAGUAGCACUCUUGCGGUCCCUAUAUCGACACAUGCUUAAGGACACAUGGAUAGUUGGCUUUAAACAUCUGGCCUCAGAUGUUCUGUUGAUAACGCCAUCCACUGGAUAACGCAAUUUGUUUCCUUAACACUUAUCCACAACAAGGACAAAGGGAACAAGUCCUACUGCGGAAACUACAGGGGCAUCUCACUUCUUUCUGUAGCGGGAAAGAUCUUUGCCUGCAUUCUCCUGAACCGAAUGAUUACGGUCUCCGAAGGAAGUCUCCCAGAGGCGCAGUGUAGCUUCAGACCAAGGUGCAGCACCGUGGACACGAUAUUUGUCGUCAGACAGGUGCAACAGAAGUGCAUUGAACAGAACAAGGCCCUCUACCUUGUCCUUAUAGAUCUAUAGGACGACCGCCUUCAUCUAGUGCCCCACCUGUUCUAGACUCUGCGCUUGCAGUCUGGGUCUGCAGAGCCGCCAGAGAACUCAUAGAUGAUCACACAACACGCUGUCUUCUUUGGACACGAAGGACAAACACCAUUGAUUUAUCCGAUAUAUCCCGGGCCACACUAAUCAAUUCAGUGGGUAGUGCAAUAUGGUUUCCCUAAUACCUAUCCGCUGGACGGUGAUUCAUAUGGUAAAUAGCGCUAUCCAACGAUUGAACAACCGAGGCCGGUUUACAAAUACUGUUCAGACACUAUACAGGCCAACAAUAUUCUUUUGCUCUGCUAGGUACACUUUUGAAACAGUAGUAAUCAUAACUAUCGUAAUUCCAAUUCUGGUGUGUUAACAUGAUGUUUUGCUUCUCUUGCAGCUGUGGUAAGACCACUAUCUGUCAGUUAUUCGCAGCACUGUGGUUUCAAACCCUUUUUGCUGUUAACUGUCACAUGCAUUCUGAGUCUUCUGAUUUUCUCGGAGGCUUAAGACCAGUUAGAAACAGAGGACAAGAGGAAAAGGUUAGUUUAACGCUAUAAAUUGGGCCACUGUCAUUAAAAGUAGAACAGCAGUUAACCCACCACUGAUUUGUUGUUGACAUCUAGUUGUUACAGUCAAUUUUCGUAGUCUUAAUGGUAAAUACUGUAUUACUGCUAAGGUGACGUUUGUUUUCCACCUAGCAAAGCGUAUUUUGUUCCCAAUUUAGUAUUCUAUUUGCCAUUACAGGCUCUUUGGCCCUUUUCAUUGGAAAAAUUAAAUGACAUAUUUCAGUCACCAAAGACGUGCGUUACACUGAGUUAAUUUCGGUUUCAUACAAAGUACUUUGUAACACGAGGAAACAAGCUAGUAAAACGUUGGGGCAAAAUUGUUGUGUUUACCUACAGCAGACUUGAAAGCUUUUUGGUGAGCUGGACGCACGAGUUUCAGUUUACUUAAAGCUAUGACUACUAUACUUACAAUUAAGACUGAAUGUGCGGUCAGUUUGCAAGGUUUUGGAGUUAAAAGCGUUUGCUAAUGUUUCUGUUUCCAAGGGUGAACAACUUUCCAAACUUUUUGAAUGGUGUGAUGGACCUCUCGUUCAAGCCAUGAAGACAGGAGCCAUGUUAUUAGUAGAUGAGAUUUCCUUGGCAGAUGACUCAGUGUUGGAGAGACUCAAUAGUGUUCUGGAGCCUGAGAGGACGCUGUUGCUUGCUGAGAAGGGCGGCAGUGGACUUACAUCAGGGGAGGAUGUCGAUGUACUGGUUGCUCAUGAGGAUUUUAAAAUUAUAGCAACCAUGAACCCUGGAGGAGACUUUGGCAAGAAAGAGGUAUGACAAACUGGGUAAAUCAUGUUCUUAAUCCAAGGCUUGUAAAGUCUUGGUUUGUCAAUGCAUGUACACAGCUGGAAGGUACUAACCAGUAAAACGUGUUGUCAAAAGGAGUCUUGGAUUAAAAUUGCAGGUUAGCUUGGUAGAUUCCACGUUCGAAACGACUUACUUGAGACGUUUGGGUUCAAGAAAGAAAAAGGCGACAGUCAGUUAAGCCUCUUUCACACGUAUCUUUUUAAAAAAAAAAAAAAACAGUUUUUUUUCCCCCCGUUUUCCAAAAAUGCACGUCCACGUAGCGUAUUCGAAUCGUUUUCACUCGUCCACACGGAAAACGCUAAAACGAUGGAAAUACCAUAGCAUCCCUUAUGGAGCAUGAGUCAUGCUAGAGGUAUAUGAGGUGUAAAAUCAUCGUAUUCGAAAACCUCCGUUUUCGUCAGAAAAAAGCUGGCGUUUUCAAAAAUCUUCACCCUGGAGAGCGAUUCUGAAAAAAUGCAUUUUCGGUGACCGUUUUCAGCGGAUACAUGUGGACGGUAAGACAAACCGGAGGGAAAAAAAAUCCGUUUUCAAACAGGAACGGAUGCGUGUGGACGGGGCCUUAACGAGGCUAAGUACUGUGAAAUUGAUAAGAAAAAAAUUAGCUGUGCGUCCAUGAAGUUUUUGUUCUUAUGCGAAAUCUACAACACGCGUAUUAAUGUCACUCGCAAUCUUUACAUAACCCCUUGCAUAACGAAAAGGAAGCAGAGUCUAUAAAUAUCAACCGGCAAGUCCUCGAGUGGAUGCCAACAUGCUGUAACAAAAAUUCCGUAGCAGUUUUCAAAUUUAUGUGCUGCUGUUUUACUACAGUUGUCCCCGGCAUUGAGGAACAGAUUCACAGAGAUUUGGUGUCCACCUUCAAAUGCGAGAGCAGAUCUCAUACAGAUUAUAGAACAUAACAUCAAGCCUGGAGUAGUACUUAAAUCAGCCAGUCACGGUAUGACGUCAUUAAUUAUUCAGUAAUCAAGCUAAAAAUGCAAGUUGCCAAGGCUUUAUUGAAAGGGGCUACGUCACGAGGAUUACUGGGCAUGUAGCACCUCUCCUAACCCUAAAACCCAAUUGGUUCGAUAUCCUAACCGUGAAACAAUGGGAAAUAAUGAUAAACAAUGAUGUGUUAUUGUUGUCUGCGACCAAUGAGGAAACACCUUACGAGCAGCUCCUACAUUACUGGGAUUAUUUGCUGUUUUAGGUCAAUUCUGUGCUGGAGUCCUUAGUUAGUGCCUUUACCCAUACUUAGAAUGCUCCUUUAGAGUUUUGACAAGACAUCAAACAAAUUACAUCAGGGAGCACCAACCUUAGUAAUUUUUUGGUGAUUUUAGCAGACAUAGCAUAAAACUUGACAAAGUAAGCCCAUUUUUUUUAAGUGUUUCAAUCCAUGUCCAUCCUGCCCAUCCGUUGCAACAGACGACAGGAAACAGUUUCAAAACUUAGAAGUAGUCUUAACUAACAAAACUGCACCAUUAUUUUCAGAAUUCAGUUGAUUCGAAGACACUUUUUAGUUUUUUUAAGAUAAUAGCAAAUAGAGUGUUAUAGCUCCUUACAUAGACCUUUCCCGCAUUCCUGUGAACAAAGGCACCAACUCGAGGCUCGGGUGGACAAAAUACAGUGAUUUGUAUGAAAUUGUCCAACCGAGCCUCGUCCUCAUUUCUUUGUGUUUGUUCACUGGAGCGAAAUGCGGGAAAGGUCUAUUAUAUAUUGACUUGUAUGUCUUCUAAACAGAAUCAUCAGGUGUCGGAGAGGCCAUCCUGGAUUUUAUAGAAUGGUUCCAUUCUACUGAUUUUGGAAAGAGGUACGUCAGUUACACAUACAGCCUGUGCCGUCAAGAGGGGGUGAUACUCUUGUUUGGUAUUCAAAGUCCGAGUGACUAUGACAUCCAAGGGUUAUGUCGGAUUUGAGACAGCAACCAAAGCAAAUCAGUUCUUGAAUACGCACAUAAGUUGUUUCACCGCAGCCUUUCUAAAUUUCCUAUCUCGUGAAAGCGAGCGCGUCCAGAGAAGCGCCAUGUGGAUAGUUUUCCCUGAUCUUGAGUAAAGGGAUGCGUUAGUGAGACUAUUUUUUUAGUGAUUUUGUUUUAAUGAUCAGGUGGUCACCUAAUGCUUUGCAUUUUUCUUCACUUCCACUCUUUCUCGUCUCAGAUUUGUAGUAAGUACCAGAGAUCUUUUAUCCUGGGUAAACUUCAUCAAUACCUGCAGUGCGUCAACUGCCAGUGAUGGCAUUGACGACAACAGCAAUGAUAGAGUACUCCUCUCUCCAGCUCAGGCGUAUGUGCAUGGCGCUUGCCUCGUGUUCUUAGACGCCCUGGGGUCAGGAAUGACCAGCUUUUCGCCGUCAUCGUCUUCGUCGAGUGGUGCUUUAAAAGAUGCAUAUCAAGCGUGCUAUGAAUUUCUACGAAGACAGGUGGACCUAAAAGAAGAAACACAUGGAAGUUCUUGGUUACCAGAGAUCGAUAAAGAUGGAAAUUCCAACUAUAGACCAGACUAUUUUGGUGUUAGUCCAUUUUUCAUUCCAAGAGGUACGUGGUAACUGUAAACCUUGAAUCAGAUCCAUCUCUAUAUCUGUAGCUUUUGGAAAGGUCUGCAACCUGAUUUGAGAAAGAGCUUCAUUAAUCACGAGUUAAUAAAAUUAACCUCACCAAACGCACUGUAAAAUUAAGUGUUCGCCUCGUUAUUCGAGGGUUGUAGGGCUUAAAUACUGUGGCACUCUUUUGCCUUAUAUAAUGUGUUCUUACUUUUUGUCAUUAACAGGGCCUCUGCCGCCACCAGAGCAUUUUUCAAGCACUUACGCGCUCAAUUCACCGACUACUUCUCUAAAUGCUCAACGGUUGCUAAGAGCUCUUCAACUACCAAGGCCCAUUCUCCUGGAGGGGUCCCCUGGAGUAGGAAAGACCAGCUUAGUUGGAGCUAUUGCAAAAGCUUCGGGGAACGAGUUAAUAAGAAUUAACCUCUCUGAACAGACUGUAAGUAAAUAA